UAUUUCAACAAAGAAGGUUAUACGAAAAGUUCAGGAAGUCAAAAGCCGUUUCUAUAAUGGGAAUUUAACAGGCGGUCAAGUACUUGGGUGUUGAAACAUGGAGGAUGGUCAGUUCAUAGACGCUAUGCUAGUUUAUGUUUGAAUUACAUUCUUAUCUAGAAUGUGGAGUUUAGGACGAUAUAGCCAGAAUUUGAGCUAAACCCAAAAGUAUAGGAGGCAACAUGUAAUGGAAUAUUCAUACGAGUGAUGACUGACAACUCCGGCAACCAUAUCCACCGUGAUAGCAGAACAGCACCGGAAGUGUACGGACAGGUCUCGACAUCGCUAACAAGUUCACUUGAUGUCAAUUUCACUACGUACGAUGUAUAUUUCACAUUCUUUCAGUUUUUUCUUUCACAAGUUUGGUGUGAAGCACGUGCGGGGUUUCAAUCUCCGAAGAUUCUGACGUUAUCAAAAACAUCAGAACUUGACACUGCUCUGCAGCCUUGUGAAGCAGGGCUUUUGUGUUUUCAGCGUAAAACCCAAUUUGUCAUGAAAACAGAUUACUGAAGACGAGAUCGAGACGAUUUGAGCAUGUGUUUUGUUUUAUGAUGUUGAAUGCUGAUGGUAUGAACACACACUCUUGCUGUGAAAACUGUAUUUCAACUCGAAAUCUUGAGGUCAAUUUGGAGAAGAAGCAUCAUGGUUAAAAUGGAGGGAGUUGGUGUGUUAGUGCUUUUGACAUUGGGAUUUGUAACUGCUAACGGUCCGCCACGACUAACUGACAAGGCCCAUUUUCGCUACGUUCUGAAAGUGAAACAGACAAAGAAGAUCAAAUGCCCGGUGGAGGGUGAGCCCCCGCCAAUGAUUCAGUGGCUGAAGGAUGGACAGGAUAUAAAUGUAUUGUGGGAUAGAUAUCAUGUCCUGCGGGACGGCUCCCUAAGGAUUCGGGAUAUAAUUUUAGAAGAUGGCGGAAGUUUUGUGUGUAAAGCCGUCAAUGGUUUUGGCAGUAUCCACGUCAACUACACAGUAGUCGUCAUUAAUGAAGAAACUGGCAUGGUCAAACAGGACAAUAAUCUUUAUCCACAAACACCCGAGGAGGAUCUAUCUAAGGAAUGGUCAAAGCCAAAGUUUAUACAGCCAGAGAAAAUGAAAAAGCGGGAUUACCAGAGGCCGGUCGGCAGUUCUGUCAGGUUCGUCUGUAAGGCUGUCGGUAACCCCCGACCUCAGAUUUCAUGGCUGAAGGAUGGAAACAGCAUCACCACCGACGACGAAAACUCCAAGCGGCCAUCUUGGACAUUAAAAAAGACGGAACUGAAGGAAAGUGACAGUGGCAGAUAUUCCUGUGUUGUCAACAACAGACAAGGGGUCAUCACCUACAACUACUCCCUGGAGGUCAUCGAAAAAUUUCAUGAGAAACCAGUCCUUCUGAAGCCCCACCCACUCAACACAACCGUGGAGUACGGGGAAACGGCUUCCCUUCAGUGUAAAGUGGAGAGUGUCGUACAGCCUCAUAUACAGUGGUUGAAGCGUGUGGAUGAUCCGUCGGAGGUAAAGAACAUGAACACAACACUACGCCUUGGUGGCCAGCAGUUUAUCGUAUUAAAAACGGGCGAAGUUUGGCCGGGCCCAGACAACACCUACCUAAACAAGCUAGUUAUACAGAAGGCUCGUGAUCGUGACUCUGGCGUCUAUAUCUGUCUGGGGGCCAAUGCCAUGGGUUAUAACGUAAGGAGCGCGUAUCUGACCGUCGUCAACACAAAUCCUCACAGAUCAUCACUGGAUUCAGAUAAUGGAAGCAGUAGCCUCCCCUUGAUGAUUGCAGUUCCUACGUGUAUCAUCAUUAUCAUAGUCGUCAUGGCAAUCGUUCUUUUACAAAAACGGAAAAGCUGCAAUAAUUCAUCGAACUCUAAUGCAAGGAAUACGAGGUUUAACCCCGUACCUACGCACGAGACAGAACCAUAUCCUCCACUUCAAAACAAUCCCGCCACGAACUUACACAUCAAUCCGAUGCAAAAUGUUAAUAUCAGAGACAUGUACACAGGGGUCCACAACCCACAUUUAAUACAAAGUAGUCGAGAAAAAUUAUCAAAAAACCAUAGUAUUGAUUUUUAUACAGACAUAUCAUCCGUUUCUCAAAGUCGAAAUAAUCCACACUCAUCUCAACAUAUGUAUUCCUAUUGAUGUCAUGUGUCUUCGUUGUGUAUGUUACCAUGGUAACUCGUAUUCGGUUACCGUGGAGACAGAGACUAUAAUGCACCUUAGUUGAGCAGGACGUACUCCGUGUACCCAAUAGUUGUUCAGAGGUAUAUGACUCGUUAUCUCAAUCAAGAUGUGCGUAAUACAAGACACCCGUUGUGAUUCUGAAAAAAGUACGUACCUACUCUGUGAUCAAUUUUGCCUUCUUCAUAUCAAUAACUUCGGUACAAUUUGGAAGAGAAACGUUCUGCAGUGACUGUUGCAUGAAAGGACAUGUUUUAUUUCUGAAAAACUUUUAAAUUCACAAAGAUUUUGGAGUAAAACCACUUGCAGUCACCUAAUUGCCAAAGAUGUGUAAUGUUUUUUUUGUGAUACAGCCGUCGCAUUAAAUUCAGAUUCUCAAUAUGGUUGUGACAUAGAAAAAGAACUUCGGUGGGAGAAGUCUGAUCACAUUCAAUAUACCGAAAGAUUGUUGAAACUGACAAUGUACAAAAUAUUGGAGGAACUGACUAUUGUUGAAAAUUAAAAAUUCAACAAAGCGUCUGAUGUUUUGGUUGUGAAUGGAGGAAGACGACAAAGCCGGCUCACCUGGCCCUUGUGUGAUGAUUUCGCUUCCCACAAGAGUUACCUGCCCUUUGAAAACAAUUGUGAUUUUGAGCACAAAUUUCAAUAAUAUUGGGAGACAAAAAAACAUGGAACAAUUAGGUUGUGACACCAUAAGUGAUUAAAAAAUCCCAUUGUGUAACAACACUUUGGUGGUGUGAUACCAGUGAUAAGUUCCUCCAGGAGUUAUCUGCCCUUGGCUCAAUAGUUCAAGGGUCAAUGUUGCAAUAUUCACAAGAAGUGAAGUAGAUAAUUGUGCUGCAAUAAAAUGAAGAUUUAUGACGUUUAUUUAAGCGACUAAUCUACAAACAAACAAAAAAACGUGUUAAUCAGGAUCACGUUGAAAUUUCUACAAACAUUUUGUAUUUUGUACCAGGACACAAAAAAAGUGCAUUUGUUUGUGUGUGAAGAGAUACAAUUUAUUUGAAUUAUAAGUAAUAUAUUUCCAUUGAACAGGUAAAACAAUGACUUCCAGUGUUAAAUGAACACCAAUAUGAAGACAUGUCUGUUAAAGAGUGUUGCGUUCAUGGUGUAAUGAAAGACGGCCGACUCUGUGAUGAUAUUUGCCCGUAUAUAACAGUUGAUAAACAACAGAGACCUUGCUAUUGUUAGCAAGACUUAAAGUAUACAUGUAUUGUGAAAAUGAUGUGAUAUGAGAAUGAUGGAAGGAUAUAUCUGGAAAACCAGUUGAGUGUUUGAUAAUUUGGAAUGAUGUGAGAUUUGGUGUACUGGUGCAUGUGUAUGCGUGUAGCUAUGAUAAUUAAACUGGGGAGGAUGCGAUGUAAAAUAGGAGGAAGUGAUGUAAAGGAAGUGAUGUAAUCAAGGGAGGAAGUGAUGUAAUUGAGGAAGUGAUGUAAAAUGUGACAGAUGAAAGUUUGAUGGACAAUCAUCAGGCGCCUUCUCUACAUACCUUCGUUAUAGAAUAAUGAAAAAAACAGGGCAUGCUCAUAUUAAUUAUUUCCAUUCUAGAACAAAGGAAAAAAGGGCAUGCUCAGUUGAGUUUUAAUUUAGGACGUGGGGAAAACACUAUUUUAGGUUGUCAAACUAUCGCAAUCAUAAUGGAAAUUAUCAGACUUCAUACCCAGUAGAUAAUUGUUGGUCAGGUGACUUGUCCUUUUAAUUAGAUACUUUGUAAAAACUUGUUCCUUACUUUAAAUGCUGAAGCAGAUUGAAGUUUCGCACAUUUUAUUUAGUCACUUUUUUCUCUAAAGUUUUCUUUAAAUUUACAAUAUCCAAGUCAAAUGUUGUUCAAGUUUUCCAUUUCUACUUUCCAUGUUGUAUUUUAAGUGUUUUUUUUCUUCCUUCUGAUUAAAAUUGAUCAAUAUUUAUUUUGCAUAGCACUUAAUUUGUGUUGUAAAUCUUCAAUAAAUACACUAUCAUUUUUAAUAUAAAUUCAAUACUUUCAACCGCAUGUUUUUAUAUGAAAAUAAGUCGGGCUGUUUCAUAUUGAUUUUCAAUUUCUUUAAAAUUAAAACUGUAUAUUGUAUUUUGUGUCCUCUUUACCAUUAAAUUGCAGAUAAAAUUGGUAAUGUUCAUGUCAAAGCUCGAUAUUUUCAACAUCAAUGUUACUAGAAGAAAAUCCUUCUUUGAAUGAAGAUAAAAAUGCUUUAAAGAGUUGAUCAUAUUCAUACUCACUACAACAUAUUCUCCGAAAAACAAGGCUUAAUGUGAAGUGAAUUUGUUGUUUCCCAACGAUAUGACCUUUGUCCUUUUAACACCAGGACCUUAACCUUGAAUUAUACCUGUAAUUCUAAAAAAUCCCCCGCUGGUAAACAAAGUGCCUUGUAGCAGUUCGAAACUGACAACUGCCUGUCACUUAAAAAUAUUUGUUUAUCAGUCCGACACUUAAUUAGCUUGGUAUGAUUUCAAAAUUAUAUUAAUUUGAAUAAUUUUCAUUUACAAUAGGUCAUUGUUCCCCGUGGUCUAAUUCAACAUAUAAAUUAGCGCCCAGUAUUUAUAUCGCUCAAAUCAAAACAGGACGAAACUAAAUGUGACAGGUAUAUCUAGUCAGAUAAAUUGGAGGGGAAUCUAUGAAUGUCACCAAAACUAAUAAUUCAUACGUUUAUGUCGCAAAUUUCAUUUUUAAUUGGACAAAUUAUCCAAUAAAAGAUAGGUCAAAUUUAGUUCAUCUGCACAGUGAGAGAAUAAAGCCUUAUUUAUAUUUAGGCUUUGGAAUUAAAAAAUAUAUUUUGCUGUUUGUGGAUUUUUUGGAUAAAUUAAGAGUAUAUUUGUAAUAGAUCAGGAGAAUUUGGGGACGAAUAAGAGGUCGUAUAUUACGUAGUAUGAUGAUGGUAUAAAUCUGAUUUGAGUGAAUUUAAUUUGAAUCUUCAUAUCAAUAGAAAUGAUGCAUUGAGGGAAUUAUUUUUUUAGCAUUGGAUGUAAGAUUUUCAGUGAAAAGUGAUGAUUUAUGUGUAUAGAUGUCUAGCUUCAUUAAUCCAAUCAGCCGUUGUUCUCAACAUUUACUGUGAAAUCAUAAAGUUAAGCUCCCUGAAUAUAUAUAUAUCAGGUUAAUAUAAAAGUCUUGUGAAACUUAAAUGCAACUUAAGUAGUGAAUGGAAAAGUGAAUAAAAUAUUAAACUUUCUAUAGAAAACAUGAACAGAACGGUGGCUGGAUUAAUGAAAUCUAACUAAUUUGCUUAAUUAAUUGUGAUUUACAAAAUUUUUUUACUAUUCUUAUUUAGAAUGAAAAAUUCAAGGAAAGAAUUUUUAUUGAGAAUGAAAAUUCAAGGAAAGAAUUUUAUUAAGUGCUAAAUGAUACUUAAUUUUUUUAUUCCUAUAUUUUUUUUUCUUUCAAAUCUUGUGAGUUAUGAAGGGUUUGAUGUCUUAGGACAAGUUAAAUAUACAUUCUAUUUUUCUAACGUUAGGAAGUCAUACCAAAGAGAGGCGAUAAAGAACCAUUAUCAGGUAUUAAAUAUUGUUUGUUUUUCUGUGCAAUACUUUGUCAGCAGUAUGGGUGUGGCUUGUGGAGCAGAAACCUUGAUAGUUUUGUUUUGUUCGGUACCUUUUACAUGCAAAGGUUGCAUAUAGGUAAAAAUAUCUUGAUGUACCUUCCUUCCCCAAAUCUCUAAGACAUAUCACAUUAUGAAAUCAAUCACUCACAUUAUUUUCACCUCGUUUCAAAGUGUUAGUUCAGUGGUUGAAAUAUUUUAUUGAAAUUAAUAUCUGACAAAAUUUAAUUUAUGGAGAAUUAUUUGCGAAAAUUUUUUUUUUAAAAAAGAAGGAAUUUGUUUACCUUAGUUUUACAAGAGCAUUCAAUCUCAGAGACGUAUAAUAGAUAGUUCUGUCAAUAUUGAGGUAUCCAAGAUUGAAGUUUGAUAAAACGAUUGUCUCCCUUUGCGUGUAAAAGAUGACUGAACUUGUCCUGUCUACAGAAAGUAGACGUUUUGUUAUGGAUUUGGCCAUAUGUUUUGUAGACAAAAAAACAUUUCCAUGCAGUGCUUUCAUGUAAAUAUGGCAUUAAUCAUUUGUAAUUUAUUUUCAUUAAUUUCUAUAUGUAUUUUACAGAAAUGUUAAAGAGGUGGUGAUCGAUUGUAUGUAUUACAAGAGAGUAAAACACAGAAAGUGUUAAUAUCAAA